UUUAAUACGUCACAUUUUGCCGGACAUGCGCUUUGAAUAAUGUUGCUAACUAGCCUGUAGAGCCACAUCGCAGUGGUUUUUCCCCAUACGCGUUAGCUAACCCUAUUAACAAAGGUACACUAGCUAGUAAGCUAAAUAACGACCCAAUGCGAAUGGUGUACAACAAAAUUGUUGAAACCGCUGUGACGAUGAGUAGAUGGCGGAAUGUUGGUGAGGCUUGGAAGCCAACACACCCGGUCUUCAGUGCCUCUGAAUGAUUUUCAUCCAGUGAACUAACUAGGACGAUUCACGUUAUGGGAAGGAUCAGCUUCUCAUGCCUCCCAGCCUUCUGGCACUUCAGCAUGUCACCGCUGGUUCUUCCCCGUCUCUGGCUACCUUCAAUCAGGCAGCUGCUCUUCUUUGGUUUAGUGUUGGGAUUUCUAGGACUCCUUUACCUGUUGCUGGUAACAGGGAAGGUCCAGCGCAGCUGGAUCAGAAAAGAGAACUUCCACAGGCAUUUGGCGAGGGUCACGGAUAUUGAGGCCACUGACACCAGUAAUCCCAACUUGAACUAUGGUCUGGUGGUGGAUUGUGGCAGCAGUGGCUCCAGGGUGUUUGUGUACUGUUGGCCACGGCACAACGGUAAUCCCCAUGAUCUGCUCGACAUCCGACAGAUGAGAGACCAGCACAGGAAACCAGUGGUCAUGAAGAUCAAACCAGGUAUUUCAGAGCUGGCAAACUCACCAGAGAAAGCCAGUGAUUACAUCCACCCCUUGUUAAGUUUUGCUGCCCAGCACAUCCCCAAACAUAAACACCAAGAGACCCCCCUGUACAUCCUGUGCACAGCUGGAAUGAGGGUGCUGUCUGACAGUCAAAAGGAAGCACUUCUGGAGGAUCUACGGACUGACAUCCCGGUCCAUUUUAACUUCCUCUUUUCUGAUUCUCAUGUGGAGGUAAUUUCCGGCAAGCAGGAAGGUGUGUAUGCUUGGAUUGGAAUCAAUUUUGUCCUUGGACGGUUUAAUCAUGUGGACAGUGAAAGGGAUGUAGUAGUUGAGGUGCAGAUCCCUGGAGGUGACCAGCAAGAGGCACUGGUGAGGAAACGGACCGCAGGUGUUCUGGAUAUGGGCGGAGUCUCCACGCAGAUAGCAUAUGAAGUGCCCAAAUCUGUAAGCUUUGCUUCUCCACAACAGGAGGAAGUUGCAAAGAAUUUGCUUGCAGAGUUCAAUCUGGGAUGUGAUGCCCACCGGACAGAGCAUGUCUACCGUGUGUAUGUGUCCACCUUUCUGGGUUUUGGAGGCAAUGCUGCUCGACAAAGAUACGAGGAGAGCAUUGUCAGGAACACACUCUCUAAAAACAAGCUCCUGGGUCAGCAUGUAGGUGAAACAGCAGAGUCCCCCAUACUGGACCCAUGUCUGCCCACAGACCUGCAGGAUGAGGUGCUCGCAGCCACACAAAAACUCCACUUGCGCGGCACCGGGGAUUUUGAUCUCUGCAGACAGCUGCUUCAGCCCUUUCUCAAUCGCACCAACGAGACCCACUCCUCCCUUAGUGGGGUCUACCAGCCUCCCAUCGACUACCACAACAGCCAGUUCUACGGGUUCUCAGAGUUCUACUAUUGCACAGAGGAUGUAUUGCGCAUGGGUGGGGAUUUUAACUCUUCAAAAUAUGCCAGUGCUGCCAAGAGUUACUGUGCCACCCAGUGGAGAACCCUGAAAGAGCGAUUUGACUCUGGCUUGUAUGCCUCUCACGCUGAUGUUCACAGGCUCAAGUACCAAUGUUUCAAAUCAGCUUGGAUGUUUGAGGUAUUCCAUUCAGGCUUCUCCUUUCCUAAAGACUAUAAAAACCUGAAGACUGCUCUUUUAGUCUAUGAUAAAGAGGUACAAUGGACCCUAGGAGCCAUCCUUUACCGAACCCGAUUUUUACCUUUAAGGGAUAUUCAGCAAGAGAGCCUCAAAGGAAUCCACUCCCACUGGCGACACAGCUUCUCCUUUGUCAACAACUACUAUUUGUUCCUGGCCUGCUUCCUGGUUGUCCUGCUGUCCAUCCUGCUGUACUUGCUGCGCCUGCGACGUAUCCAUAGUCGUACCAUGCAGCGCUGCACGACACCUUCUGCCAAGUGGCUCGAGGAGGGUCUCGGAUCCACCCCACUUCCUGUCACCAUCUAGACUUCAAUUCUUUCACUCCAAAACCAGCUCCCCUCUACCAUUUAUUGUCACGCACCUUUAAGGCCUUUAUUUGCUAGCUGGUAAUGGCGAAAAAGGACUACACCUGAAUUUGAUUUAAAAUGACUUCAAUGAAUAGAGAGAUUAUAGAGCACUGAUAGAGACUGAGAUUUUGGAUGUUGUUUGUGUACUUGAAUAUGCCAUGUUUUUGCUGUUAAUUUAUUUCCCAUUAUAUUUUGUUUGUUUCUGGAAAUGUGAAUUGGGUAUAAAGUGAAUCUCAGAUCACCACAUUGGCCCACCAUUUGCAUGUUGACAUGCACCUCCACAUUUGGACAUGUCCCGAAGAUGAUGGAAUGAGAGUGAUUAAGGGUAUAUUUGAACCUCCGGUACCAGAAAUUCAACCAGCUUCAGAACAAGCUGAUGUCUUGACAUGCACCUCGAUAUGUUUGAAGUGUGAAUGCUGUAUAUGCCAUGUGCUUAGACUAUGCAUGUAAAAUAUGAGAAACAUCCCAAAUUAAAAUAUCAAUUAAAUAUUUAACAAUA